AUGGGACAAACUGUCACUACUCCCAAAAGUUUAACUUUACAACACUUCAAGGAAGUCCGUGACAUCGCCCACAACCUCUCGGUGGAAGUGCGAAAAGGAAAAUGGGACACCUUCUGUUCAUCUGAGUGGCCAACCUUUGACGUGGGCUGGCCACGAGAUGGCACCUUUAAUCUAGGAGUUAUUUUACAGGUGAAAGCUAAAGUCAUGGACCCUGGACCCCAUGGACAUCCUGACCAGAUUCCCUAUAUCAUCACAUGGGAAUCUCUGGUCAAAGAUCCCCCACCAUGGGCCUUUCCGUUGCGGACGAGCCCUGACCGCCAACUCCAAUACUGGCCCUUUUCCGCAUCUGACUUAUAUAAUUGGAAAAAUAAUAACCCUACCUUCUCAAAGGACCCUUCUAGGCUCACAGCACUAAUUGAGUCUAUUCUAGUGACCCAUCAGCCCACCUGGGACGAUUGCCAACAGCUGCUCCAGACACUGUUGACCACCGAAGAAAAACAGCGGGUCAUCAUGGAAGCACGCAAAAAUGUCCCAGGAGAUGAUGGACAACCCACCCAGCUACCACACAAGAUUGACGCUGCCUUCCCCUUGGAGCGGCCCACUUGGGAGUUUACCACUGAGCGCGGUAGGGAACACCUACGUCUCUAUCACCAGUUGCUCAUAGCGGGUCUCCGUGGGGCUGCAAGGCACCCAACUAAUUUGGCUCAGGUUAAGUUAGUGACCCAGAAACCUGAGGAAUCCCCCUCCGCUUUCCUAGAACGACUCAAGGGGGCAUAUCGUAUGUACACUCCCUACAAUCCAGAAGACCCAGGUCAAGCAACCAAUAUAGCCAUGUCUUUCAUCUGGCAGUCUGCCCCAGAUAUUAGGAAGAAGUUAGAAAGGCUUGAAAACUUGAGAGAGAGUACAGUACAGGAUUUACUGAAGGAGGCAGAGCUGAUUUUUAAUAAGAGAGAAACACAGGAAGAAAGAGAUGAAAGGCUAAGGAAAGAAGCAGAGGAAAGAGAGAACGUUAGAGAACGUAAGAGAAAUAGGGAAUUUAGCAAAUUACUGGCCACAGUAGUGACAGGACAGAGACAGAGUAGGCAGGGUCUGGGAGACCGCUGGGGUCCACGAGUAGACAAAGAUCAAUGCGCCUACUGCAAGGACGAAGGGCAUUGGGUCCGAGACUGCCCAAAGAGACCAAAAGGGCCACGAAAGCCUAAGCCCCCGGCCACCCUGUUAAACCUGGAGGAUUAG